CCUGGGCUGCCCCGCCCUCCUUUGCGCUGUACACUGAAACACAUGCUAGGAGAGCCAGCCCAGGACUCCUGGAGAAAGCAUCAGACGGAGCCAAUCACCGCGCAAGAAGGCGGGUUGACUUGCAUGUGCUCCUGUUUGUGUACGUGCAGGAGCUGGUUCUCGGCAGAGUGGGAGGGAAGUUGAGUACGGAGGUUCCCUUUUAGCGCUUGCACGGUGUUAGACGUGUUACAUGCACUAGGCAAAAUCGUGGACGGGCGUGCUGGGCUUCUCCUCUAUUCUCCCCACCGUAGCAGCCUCCCAGAACAUUGGGAGUAAGUAGUCCUCAGCCGAAAAGAAACAAUGUGGAUGAUGCUGGAUUGCAGCUCAGAGUCUGACGGCUUGAGCCUCCUGCUUGAGGCGGGGACUGGGGUGAAUGCACCCGCAGAUGCGUUUGGUCAGUCCCCAGCUCACUUGGCUGCUUGUGGAGGACAAGCUUUUUUCCUACUCUGGCAACUGCAAACAGGCGCUGAUCUGAACCAACAGGAUUGCCAUGGAGAAGCUCCUAUUCAUAAGGCAGCUAAAGUUGGGAGCUUGGAGUGUCUUGCUCUACUCGUUGCCAGUGAUGCCAGAAUAGAUUUGUGCAAUAAUGAUGGACAAACAGCAGAAGAUCUUGCAUGGGCUUUUGGAUUUCUGGAAUGUGCCAAGUUCCUCACAACUGCUAAACAUACUCAAAAUAUGAAGCUAAAAGAACAAUCUAGCUGUUCACUUAAGGACAAUUGUGGUUUGCCAAGAGAGGCUUCAUCUGGACAGAAACGAGCAUGUGGAAUUAUGGGACCCACAAACAGAAAGAGGAGGAGAUCAGAUGAUAUCACGUCUUAGACUGCAAGUGGGAAAGCCUGUAACCCUGAAAAGAAUCUGUAAGAAGAAUCUGAAAUCUGCAAAAACAACAUUAUUGGUCUAUGAACUAAGCAGCCCAAUAUUUGAUGUCUGUUGUUUCCUUCUGAGAAGGAGAAAUCCUUGGUUACUUUUGCUUCUCGAAGAAGACAUUUUUCUAGAAUACUUGUAUUCACACAGGUGUGUGUGUGUGUGUGUGUUCAAUUGUAGACUAUGUAUAAUAGGGCAGUCUUCUCCAGUAAAUAGCAAAACAAAGUCGAUACUUAGCACAUACAGUGUUUCUCUCUGGCUCAUUCCAUCCAAAGUGCUGUAGGAGAUUAACAUCUUAAGUGGCAUUCCCUGCCUAUCAUGUUGUUGUGUGAUAUUACUGGCUGCUGUCAAACAAACAAAGAGUUACCACACUUCACAACAGAGAGGGCUCUACGGAGCCCUAAGGAUAGUUUGGGGCAGUUUAAAGUCACACAUUUAAUUCUGCACAUCUUACCAAUGAGCCAUCUUUGCUUUUAAGAGCAAGAGCUGCUUACAUGAGUAAACUUAAAGGACUACCCCUAAAUUUGUAAAGCACUUCAGGAGCCUUCAGAAAGCAAAAAGACGUUACAAAUAUUAGAUUACCUUUAUCUCAGUUGCCAAAAUUAAGGUAAACUCCUUUAAUUAAAACUUGUCUAUAUAAGAAUGCAGUUGAAUGUGAUUUACUCUUCUUCCAUUUUUGAUGAUUUUAUUUAAAAAGACAUUUUAUACUUAAAUUGCUGUGUAAAGAAUUCAACUAGCAUUUUUAUUUCAGCUACUAUUGACAAAAUACCAUUUAAAUUAAAAA